CAUUUUACGGGUCUACACACAAAUCCUUAAAUCGCACCUGCUUAGCUUUUCAUCAUUCGGGUCUUCUGAGUGUCCCUUUUAGGAGGAGGGUUCAGACAUGAGAGGACAUCAUGUCUUCCUGAGCUCACCUCUAAGACUCUGAUGAUGUCUCUCGGACACUCUGGAUCUUUGUUUUUCUAUUAAACACACAUGUCAGAUACAGCUUCCACAGUGGACAGACGGUACACACUUUACAACAAAGGAAGGCUUAUACAAACACUUCAAAUCAGAGUCCACCAACAAGCUGAGACAGUGACAUACAAACACACACAUUUUCCGGGAUGAUGAUGUGCUCUCGUUUGCGUCCCUCACUCCCUCGCCUCUUGUCGCUGAGGGUGAUGGGUACUAUGGCUUCCAGGACAGUGGCGGUCAAGCAGCCCGACAUUCUCUCAGCGACUCUGGCCUUUGAGGAUCCCAGUGCCUUCAGGGUGAAGAGUUUGGGUGAGCUGCUCCGGGCUCUGAGCAUCUUCCGCUUCUGCUCCUUCCCUGUGCUGGUUAACAACUGUGGGAAGCUGAUGACAAUAGCGCGCAACCUCCUUGGGAAAAGGGGGUUUUCCUUGCUGCUGCGACCCACUGUGUAUGCCCAGUUUGUGGCUGGUGAGAAUGAAAGUGAGAUCUCUCAGUCCAUGGGGAAGAUGAGCUUGCUGGGACUGAGGCCCAUGCUGGCGGUACCCAUCGAGGAGGAUCUGGGAGAAAGCACUGGAGAGAAGAGAUAUGACGACAACAUGGAGGCCAUGUUGGAGUGUGUGCGAAUGUCCCACAGCAACGCCUGGAGCAAAGACCCAAUGAUGCAGCUGAAGAUCACAGCCCUGCUCAGCCCGGAGCUCUGUGUGAAACUCACAACUCUCAUCGCACAACAACCGUAUGACCUGAAUCUCCUUGUCAGAGCUAUGGAUGGAGAGGCAAUCAACUUCCCAGGUUUAGAUGAAAGUGAAGUCGCCCAUUUCCUCUGUGGCCUGCAGAGACUCAACAAAAUAGCAGAGGCAAGUGCAAACAAAGUCCGAGUCCUGGUUGAUGCAGAGUACACCUACAUGAACCCUGCCCUCUCUCUUGUUACCAUGGCGAUGAUGAAGAAGUUUAACAAAGAUGGCGCCUGGAUUUGGAACACAUAUCAGUGUUACCUGAAGGAGUCCAGGUCUCUCCUGUUAGAGGCUCUGCAUCUGUCCAAGACUGAGGGUUUCUGUCUGGGAGUCAAGCUGGUACGAGGAGCCUACAUGGACAAAGAGAGGAAGCUGGCAGAGAAAGAGGGUCGUCGGGACCCCGUCCACCAGUGCUGGGAGGACACCAAUGACAGUUAUAACGGAUCGCUGGAUGUGAUGCUGGAAGUCAUAUCCCAGAAACCUGAGCGCUACAGGAUCAUAGUCGCCUCUCACAAUGAGGAGUCAGUAAGACGAGCCGCCAAACGGAUGGAAGAGUUGGGGAUAGACAAAGAUGGAGGCUCAGUGUGUUUCGGCCAGCUGCUGGGCAUGUGUGAUCACGUCUCCCUCACGCUGGCUAAGGAGGGUUAUGCCGUAUACAAGUCAGUGCCGUAUGGCUCAGUGGAUGACACGCUCCCCUACCUGGUGCGUCGGGCUCAGGAGAACCGGUCGGUGUUGCAGGGAAUCCGCAAAGAGAGGGACCUACUGAGGCAAGAACUCUACAGGAGGCUGAGGAUGAGGGGAGGCAGCUAACAGGCCAGCAGCACAGAGAGAGAAGAGGCACUGGUGGUGUGUGUGAGUGAGUGUAGACUUGCAUUCAGGUGUCCAAUCAGGAAAUGGUGUAGAAUAAGGAAGCCACAUGGGAACACUGAAGGCCAACGGAAGUUCAGAUCCAUACAAUUACAUAUACCUGGAGUUGAUUCUGUAACACCAAAGGAUCAUAUGCAAUCCAUAACCCACUGUCUACUGAUGAAGAAUUAAAGUGAAUGGAAAUUAAGAAUGGAUCUUGCAAAAAGUAGUUUCGAUCACUGUAUGUAUGGUGAACUGAACAAUGAUUUAAUGACGAACAAAAAGUGUAACAAUUUUGUUACGUUUGAUGGAAGUUGUAAGACAAAAUGCAUUUGAAAUACAUGUAAUAUCGCUGCUGUACAUUAACACUAUCAAUAUCUUUGUUUUAUAGGAAUAAACAUAAAUGUUAGAAUA